AUUCAUUCUUCAAUCCAAAUCCACACCAAUUUUACCAUUUGGCAGAGGCAAGUGAUCAGAGAUCUCACCCAAAAUGGCUUCGGCUUGUGCUUCCUCCGCCAUUGCCGCCGUCGCAAUCUCUUCAUCCAGUUCCCAGAAGAAUGGGUGCCCCAAGGCUUGUAAUUUCGUAACGGGGAAGAAGCUGAGGCUGAGAAAGUACACGGCAGCUGCCGUUGCUCCUCGGUCGGCUACGGUGUGCGCCGCUGCCGACCCCAACAGACCUCUCUGGUUCCCCGGCAGCACCCCUCCUCCAUGGCUCGAUGGCAGCCUCCCCGGUGACUUUGGCUUCGAUCCUCUUGGUCUUUCUUCUGAUCCGGAGAGCCUGAGAUGGAACCAGCAGGCGGAGCUGGUGCACUGCCGGUGGGCAAUGUUGGGGGCGGCCGGAAUUUUCAUCCCGGAAUUCUUGACGAAGAUCGGAAUUUUGAACACUCCGUCGUGGUACUCGGCCGGAGAAUUGGAAUACUUCACCGACACCACCACGCUCUUCGUGGUGGAACUCAUUUUCAUCGGUUGGGCCGAGGGCAGACGGUGGGCCGACAUCCUCAAACCCGGCUGCGUCAACACCGACCCGAUCUUCCCCAACAACAAGCUGACCGGAACCGACGUCGGGUACCCGGGCGGACUCUGGUUCGACCCGCUCGGAUGGGGCAGCGGUUCCCCCGAAAAGAUCAAGGAAUUGAGAACGAAAGAGAUCAAGAACGGGCGGUUGGCGAUGUUGGCGGUCAUGGGCGCGUGGUUCCAACACAUUUACACCGGCACCGGUCCCAUUGACAACCUUUUUGCCCACCUCGCCGACCCCGGCCACGCCACCGUCUUCGCCGCUUUCACACCCAAGUGAAGAUGGUGAAGGAGGAGAAAUUGAGGAGCAUAGGAGACGUAGCGGUGUGUUUGUGACUGAGGGAAAAAAAAAGUCUGUAUUAAUCAGAACUUGAAAUCUUAGUGUUUAUGUCUUCUGUGUAUGAUGCAAAUUAUCAAUUUAAUGUACAAAAUGAGAACAUAAAUCAAGGAAGUUUAGAUAUGCCUUUGCAUUCUACAAGGGAAA